AUGCCCAAGUCAAAACGAGCCAAGGUCUACCACCUCACGCAGGUGACCAAGAAGACACGCGAGCAAAAGGAGAAGCUCUUUGCCAACAUCCGGGAGUGCAUCCCGCAAUAUCAGCACUGCUUCGUCUUCAGCAUUGACAACAUGCGCAACAACUACUUGAAAGACGUGCGCCACGAGCUAAGCGACUGCCGCCUCUUCUUCGGCAAAACAAAACUCACCGCCCGCGCGCUGGGCACCACCCCGGAGGAGGCGCAAGCCGACGGCCUGCACCACCUGACGCGGUACCUGUCCGGCAGCGUGGGGCUGCUCUUCACCAACCGCUCACCCGACGCCAUCACGUCCUACUUCGCCAGCCUCAGCUACGUCGACUUCGCGCGGGCGGGCAGCGUGGCCACGCGCACCGUCACCGUGCCCCCCGGGAUCGUCUACUCGACGGGCGGGGAGGUGCCCCCGGAGCACGACGUGCCCGUGGCGCACACGCUGGAGCCGGAGCUGCGCCGGCUGGGGAUGCCGACGCGCAUGGUGAAGGGCAAGGUGUGCCUGGGCGGGGACGAGGACGGGGACGGGAUGACGGAGGGGUACACGAUCUGCAAGGAAGGGGACGUGCUGGACUCGCGGCAGACGCGGUUGCUGAAGCUGUUCAGCAUCUGCUUGAGCGAUUUCCGAGUGAGUCUGUUGGCGUACUGGAGCGCGGCGAGCGGGGAGGUGACCGAGUUGGAGGCCGGGAAGAACAGGAGAAAGGAAACGAAGGCGGAUGGGGAUAAGAUGGACGAGGACAAGGAGGAUGAAGAGGAGGACGAGUGA